GCCGCGGGGGUGCGUGGCUCUCCCGCCCUCUGUCUGUCCCCCGCCCCCACCUAUAGAGGCCCGGGAGACGAGACGAAUAGCGGUGCUAGGAGGGGGGGUGUCCACCGAUCGCACGUCCGUCGUUCGUUUCCAGUGGGUCCGCCGUACAGUGAGGCGAAGCUCGCCGUGAACUAGCCACCCUCCCCCGGGUUCGGAGCGGAACUUCCCGGCCGAGCAGUGUUCACGGAGGUUGCAGUCUCGCUCGCUCGCGGCGGAUGGUGCGCGCCCUCCCCGAAAAAAGCACCAAGCUUAGUGGCGCACACCUCGGCGGACAUUUUUGUUUCUUAUCCGGGGUCCGGAGGAGCCUUCACUUCACUCCCGCGAGGGGGGACAUGCGGGGACACGGAGAGUGAGCUUCAAGGCUCCGUCAUGUGAACAAGGCGCGACCUUUUGACCGUCUCCACUGUGAUUCCGAGACAUGUACCGGAUUGACCGAGCGGCGUCGAUUACCGCAGUGGAUUUUGCGAGCAGGACCCGAGCCCGCCGUCUCUCCAAGGCCUUGGGCAUGCCUCAGCCGGGUACGAAUGGCAUGGAGCCCGCUUUUGGCGAGGCCUACGGAGGCCACCGAGCUCUACUCGGCCCCUACGCCGCCGCGUCGGCGCAAGGGGGUAGGACGGAGUACGACCAGAGCAUCCUCCUCAUGCUGGGCUCGCCGGCGUCGCCCCGCAAACGGCCCUUUGAGCUGCUCAGCGACCUGGUGGACGACGGCGGCCUGGGCGAGGACCUGCACGCCGAACGCUGGGACGUGUCGGCUCUGGACGAGAUGGCCCGCUACGCCAAGCCGGGCCUGGCCGUGGCUUCCGAGGACGCCGUGCUCAUGGGCCGAUGGGGACGCGCUCGCGAGGAGGACGAGCCGGCCCAGAGGACCGCCCGAGACGAGGCGGCGGUGGGGCGAGGACGCGACGGAGGCGCGAGGAAGGGGAACGGCGGGGAGCUGGACGGCUCGCAGGUGACGGCGGAGGACCGUCAGAAAGAGAUGGCGGCGGCGCCGGGUUUGCUCCUGGAGCACUGCAGCGAGGAGCACAACUACUCCCUCAGCCAGGAAGAAGAGCCGCCCGUCAGCGUCCAGGAGGAGGUGCCGCAGGAGGAGGCACAGGAGCACGGAGAGGAGAAGCUGGACGAGGACGAGGAGGAUGACGAAGAGGACGAGACCGCGGCCGAUCUCUCCAGCUCAUCGGAAACGGAGUGCGAGGCGGAGCCCGCUAGGCCGGCGGGCCAGCGGCCGUCCAAGCGCCGCUGCUUCUGGGAGUACCGGCGCUCCCGCGAGUCUGCCGCCAAGAAGAAAAUGUGCGCUGGAGGCGAUUGGUCGCUGUCGUGGAGCUCCAGCACGCUGCCCAGCACGCUGUACCGGCGCCAAGGCAAGAAGGGUCGGCGCAAGGCCCGCAAGACGGACGCCAGCGACUUGACUCCCAACCCGCAGAAGCUGCACAACAUCGGCGAGCAGCUGCAGAAGCUCAACGCCGCCAUCGACAGCGUGGGGCCUGUCAACGACCUCCCCGCCCUGGCCAGGGCCCGCUCGCGCAAGGAGAAGAACAAGCUGGCCUCCAGGGCGUGCCGCCUGAAGAAGAAAGCGCAGCACGAGGCCAACAAGAUCAAACUGUGGGGGCUCAACCAGGAGUACGAGAACCUGCUGGGGGCGCUGCUGCGCAUCAAGGAGCUGAUCCGUCACAAGGUGGAAGGCAGCGGCGGCGAGCGAGAGGACGCGGACGAGCGAGGGAUGACGCGGCGUCUGGAAGAUAUCCUGGCUGAGUCCAGCGGUCCUCUGGUGGCCGGGCGGACCAAAGACUUUGUGCAGAGGAUCUUGGCGGCCAGCGGGGGCCCCGGCCAGCGCAAGGAGCCCCCCCGGGAGGUGUCGCUCUGAAGCCCCCCUGCCCACGUCCUUUUGUGAGUGGAUGCUGCUCUUGUAAAAUACUGUAUGCCCCUUUUUCCCGCCGUGUGCUGUACUCGUACUCCAUCGUGCCUAUAAAUAGACAUUGCACUGUUCUGUAGACGCCGGCCGGCGAUGGCUGGGAGAGUAGGAUUUCUCAAACGUGAUGGGAAGACCAAGCAUCCCCCUCAAAAAUGAGCGCAAAUUUCCCGUGGUAAUGUUGCGAUACCAAAUUCGACAAAAAAAGUCAUCACGUGGUGCCCCGAAAUUCAGUCAUCCGGGUUACAAAUUCAGAAUUUGGAAGGGAGGGAAUCAAAAUCAUUAUGUUAUGACAACAAAUGAUUUUUCUUCUAAAAUUCCGUUUUUCUAUUUGAUUUAAUGAAUAAGUUAUGUUACAAAAAGAAAUAAAUCCAAAAAGUCAUCCUAAAUUCAGAUUUUAUUUUUGAACUAAAUUCAUGCCAAGAUUAAAAAAACCAACUAUUUUCAUAAUAUUCAAUGUUUGUAUUCUAAAGGGCCAGCGCAUUGUCACAAGAUGAUGACUUUUCUUCUCUAAAGCCGCUCUCAACUUUUUUUCUUUUAAUUCUCCAAUUUAUUUCUUUUGUGGAGCCCAAUUUGGCAAGCACUGAUUCAGAGGAUGCGAGGGGGGAUGUCUUUUUUUUUUUUUUUUUUCCUCCUUUUCUUGUGUGUGUGUGUAAAAACAAUGUUGAGUCCUGAUGUCAGAACAGCUGUAUGCCCUGCCCCGCCCCGCCCCGAGCUUUAAGCUGCCCACUUCCUCUCCCUCGCCAGCGUGUUUGAAAAGCUGCACCUUACUUCAUCCAAAGUGACCAAAGAGAAAAGAAAACACCAAAACCUCGCACGUGGCGCCAAUGUUUUGCUUUUCUUUGAUUUUGACUGAAGCAACCCCUACCAGCAGGCAGCCCAACUUUGGCCCGAUGAUGUAGCGCACCUUUGAGAGUAAAUGGUGCAUGCGGCCGUCCAUAGCGUACGCUCAGCAAAAUUGGGAACAUUUCCCAACGGCCGCUUUCAGCCAUCGCUCUGGACACGCUAAGACCACGACAGAGGUCCCAUGCAAAGGCCGCAUGUCGGGCGGGCAUUUUAGCGCCAUCCUAAAAUGUCAGCGCAAAGUCCAAUGUUGGCAACUUGUUGUCUGUUGUUGACUUUGGUUUUGGCUUUGGCCACAUCUGCCUUUCUUCUGUGAAGCUUUAGACCGACGGUGUCCAAGGUCUCUAAAUGUUGUCGGACAUGAGAAGAAAAAAAAACUUUUGAAUUGCACUGUGGUUUAAAAACAACGAUGCACCUUGCCAGGGGACGCAAAGUCGUCCUUAAGAAAAGAAGAAGAAGAAGAAGAAAAAAAAAAGACUUUAGGCACCUUUCUUUCAACUGAAGCGGGAAGCGCUGAACUGAGCCGACUGCUUUCUGGCACGAGAGCGGCACUGCUUUUGUUUGUCACAAAGUGCCUAGCGUAGCCUCGUAGCGUAGCGAUUUUUGGUGUUGACACCGCGUUUCCGAAUCGUCCAUUAAAAUCACGACAAGAUUGACUUCCAAGUUUUUGGGAGAUCCCAGCUGCUUCUUUGGUAGCGCUACGGCUCGGACAAAAAUAUUGCAGUGUCGGUCGGUGUUUACAGUCAACGAGUCCUGUUUUCUUUGUCUAAACCAGCAAGUAAAUGUCUUUUUUCUUUCUUUCUUUCUUUCCCAAAUGCAUCUCUUUGGCCAGAAAGCAGUCAGCCCAUUUGUUUGCGCGGAGCUUGAAAAGACGUCGCCCGAGCCAAUAAUUGCAAACAUUCCGCCAGCUUCUUGUCAAAUAAUGUACUUUGUUCGAGUCCCUGAGUCAUGGCACGACGACACUACUCCUGCGCUAGUCUUUGAACACAUUGACACAACUCCUUUUGUCACACACAGUCAACCUUUAAGGUAGAAAACAAAACAAACGUACAGAAGUGCCGUGAAAAUAGAAGUUUGGGUGUGUGUCUUUCUUGUCAACUGCUAUAAUGUAUAUUUUAAUAUUUAUAUGCAGCCGUUGUAUUAAAAGUAUAUUUUUAAAAUA